AUGGACUGGAUUUACGACUAUAUUGACCAAACCGAUCUCAUCGUCCUCUCCGUGCUUGCUGUCGUCGGAGCAUACAUUUACUGGAAUUACUAUCGGACAGAAUCCCCUCAAUCUCUCAACUUUCAACCUGCAGCUUCCAAGUCUCUGAAUGUGCAACAGCAGAAAGUCGACCGGUCGUUUUUGGGGCGAAUGAAAUCAGAAAAUCGUCAAGUGUUAAUUCUGUUUGGAUCCCAGACGGGAACCGCCGAGGAAUUAGCGGGAAGAUUGGCCAAGGAUUUCGCUCGUUAUGGAAAGAAGGCCUUGGUGAUGGAUCCUGAGGAAAUCGAGCCUGAAGAGCUUUGCAAGAUUACUCGUAAGGUUUUUUGUCCACAGAACAAGAUGUAUACAUUGUUUUAAAGAUUUUAUUUUAUUUGCUUCAGAAAUUGAAAAUCCUCUUCUAAUUGCGUGUAUGGCCACUUAUGGAGAAGGGGAUCCUACUGAUAAUGCUCAGGGUUUAUUCGAAUAUCUAAAUAAUAAUGAUCCCGACUUCUCAGGUCUUCAUUUUGCCGUUUUCGGACUGGGAAAUAAAACAUACGAACAUUACAAUGAGGCCGGAAAAAUCAUGGACAAACGAUUUGAGGAGCUUGGAGCAAAGAGGAUAUUCCAAUUGGGUCUUGGGGAUGAUGAUGCCAACUUGGAAGAAGAUUUUAUGCGGUGAGAGCCUCUUCGAACAUAUCUAAAUACUCAAUAUAAAAAGUAACUUGUGGUGUACCUUUUAUAUUUUAGAUGGAGGGAAGCCUUCUUGCCCAAAGUAGCCGAACAAUUUGGGUGGGAACUGAGUCAGACCAACGGCCUGGAUCGGCAAUACCGACUGGAGAUUGUUGAGACACCUCCCGCCGCCAUCUUUACCGGUGAAUACGGUCGUAUUGGAGCCUACGAAAAGCAGCGAGCGUAGGUUCAUAUCUGUGGAAUUUUCUUCUUAAUUUAAUUUUUUUAGUCCUUUCGAUCAGAAGAAUCCCUUCUUGUCUGAGAUUGUUGAAAAAAGAGAACUUCAUGCCGGUGGCAGUGAAAGGUCCUGUCUUCAUGUUGAGUUCAAAGUGGAUUCAACCCGGAUUCGCUAUGAAGCCGGUGAUCAUCUGGGAAUUUUUCCAACGAAUGACAGUUCUUUGGUUGACAAGAUAGGGCAAAUCUUGGACGUGAAUCUGGAAACCAUCUUCAAAUUGAUUAAUGUGGACAGUAUGUGUUACCUUUGGUAGAAAUGUUUUCAAUUAAUGGAAAUGUUUUUAACACGGGUACUUUAUUCUUUCUAGCUGAUGCUUCGAAACGUCAUCCCUUCCCAUGCCCCACUACAUACCGUACUGCUUUAACUCAUUAUGUCGACAUUGUGGCUCCUGUGAAGUCUCAUGUCCUUAGGGCUUUUGCUGAAUUUACUUCUGAUCCGGAAGAAAAGGAAAGGCUUAUUGUACUGAGCACUGCUUCAGAAGAAGGCUUGGUAAGAAUGAUUAUUAUAAUAAGAAACGUUAAGUGAAGGUUAUUCGACUACUUUCUUUUAGAAAGAGUACGCUCAAUAUGUCCUCAAGGAAAGAAGAAGCGUGGUCGAUAUUCUACUGGAUUUCAAAACUUGCAAACCUCCUAUGGAAGUAGUGCUGGAAAUGAUGCCCCGUCUCCAGGCCAGAUAUUAUAGUAUCUCGUCCUCACCCAAGAUAAACGCGGACAUUGUCUCGGUUACUGCUGUUGUCCUUAAGUACAACAUUAAGGGCCGUGAGAUUAAAGGAGUCUGCACAAAUUAUCUGGCUGAUCGUAAUGUUGGAGACGCCGUCCCCAUUUUCGUCCGCAAAUCUACCAUGAGAUUACCUCACCGGCCAGCAAUCCCUGUGGUCAUGAUAGGUCCUGGAACUGGAUUUGCACCUUUCCGGGGCUUCAUCCAAGAACGAAGUGCCCUCAAGAACCAAGGAAAGGAGAUUGGAGAGAUGUUGUUGUUCUUUGGUUGUCGCCAUCCAGAUCAUGAUCACAUUUACAAGGAUGAAGUCGACGAUUUUGUUAAAGAAGGCAUCGUGAAUCGGGCUCAUGUUGCUUAUUCCCGUCUGAAGAAUGAAAAAGUGUAUGUGCAGCACUUGAUCUGGGCCGAGAGGGAACAUAUUUGGUCCAUUAUACAGAGAGGAGGCAAUAUCUAUGUUUGCGGGUAAGUGAAUUACUUUUUUUUGGAAAAUAAUAUGGGCUGAAUAUAAUUCGAUGGUUUAGGGAUGCUCGUAACAUGGCCAGGGAUGUCCACGCUACUCUUUUGAGAAUAUUCCGAGAAGUUGGACAACUAAAUGAAGAAGCAGCUCAGAAGUUCUUCAAGGAUCUGGAGAGAAAACGCAACUUUCAGGCAGAUGUGUGGUCGUAG